UGAAAAUAAAAAAAAAACCUCACCCUGUAAUCAGUGGCAUAACUGACAUUUUAAAAUUGUGUAGGUAGAGAUAACGGUGAAAUUCACCGUGGUAGAGAUGUAAUGUAACCUCAGAGCACAGAACAAUACACACAUUUUUUUUAUGUCUUAGAAAUGAUGUAACCUCGUGUAACACCAAGAUUGGCCAAUUCGGCAGUUCUAUUAUUUGGUUCGUUAUUCAAAAUAUAACGUUCACCUACUCACUCGAUAAUGCUAGUUAUAAAACACUAGGUACCUUUGUUUCAAAAUUUCUUCACGCUCUUAUACUUACUUUGAAAUAAAAGCUAAGUAGUGCUUUGGCUACGUGUUUUCUGUGCUACAGAAAGAAGUUUUCUCUCCAAAGAACUGCAACAUUUAUAAAAUAUAAAAUGACUUUGGAACAGAAACUGAAAACUAAUAUUUACAACGAUGUCAGAAAGAUGUGCCGAGAGGUGGGGAUGUACCUCAACAUCGAAUACGACAUCGACAGCCUGAAUAUUAUCUCUGAACUAACGUGGAAGAAACUACAGCUAUUUGCCAAAGAUUUGGAAGCGUUUCAAAAACACGGGAAGCGUUCAACAGUCAACGCUGACGAUGUUAAGCUACUAGUACGCAAUAAUGAUGAUUUGAAAGCGCUAAUUGAGAACAAGAUUGUGGAGAUGGCAACAGCCAAGGCAGAAAUAAAGAUUGGAAAACGUAAAAGAAAAUCAUCCCCGAGCGGAAGCUAGUUUCUACUUUAGCAUUUUGGUGUACUUAAUUGUCUAUUAAUAAUAUAUGCCAAAUAUUGCCAUUUAGUGUUGAAGAA